AUGUCUCUCGCUCAGCAUGUGACCCAGACUGAGGGCUUCGAUUACGAAGGCCCAGCGAAUCCCAACUAUGAAGGUCCGAGUCAUCCGAAUGUUUCUCCUGUUCUCGUGCCUGGGGAUGAAUGCGAUCAGAGUGGUGAUCGAUCAGAAUGGCGACGAUUGAGUUUUGCGCCCGUUGAGAUUGCUAAGAAAUUGCCAAACAUUGCCGCUUACAACGUCUCCAACCUCAAGCGCUAUGCAGGCAUCGUCUUCGGUUUCGCUGCCCUCAAGCCAAUUCUAAUUAAUGAGGGCAUCUAUUCCGAGCUUUGCCCUGUGGUGGACUACAGAAUUCCAUGCGCUGAGCAAGAUAUGCGAUUGAAUCUAUUGUUCAUCUCAGCGUCAAUCGCCGCUAACGUUUCUUCUCUUUUGGCUGGCGCUGUGCUUGAUCGCUACGGUCGACGAGUGUGUUGGCUGGUCUCGAGUGUUCUGCUUACUCUCGGUUCACUAAUGAUGGCCAUCUCAUUCUCGCAUCCUGGCUUCCAUGGAUAUCUCCUCGGCAAUGUUCUUCUCGCUUUCGGCGGUACCUUUAUUUUUGUUUCCAGCUUUCAGCUUGCGAACGCGUUUCCGAAAUAUUCUGGACUGAUCGUGGCCCUCGUCACCGGCGCCUUUGAUGCCUCGGCUGCAGUGUUUUUGUUCUAUCGCAUGGCUUAUGAUGCAUCCGGUGGAUCAUUUUCGCUUGACAAGUUCUUCUACGGCUAUAUUUCCGUCCCAGUCGCCAUUUUCCUGGCUGAAUUCCUCUGGAUGCCAGCGCACUCGUACCAUACCCUACCUCAGCUCGAGAAGAAGAUCGAGCACGCCCAAGACCGCACCCGAGACGUUCACGAAUCGGACGAAGAGAUCAAUGAUACAAAUGAACUUACCCGCGUCCGAAGCGCUCGAGCCGAUCAAAGGAAGGCUAAGCUUGAAAAGAUCGAGGAACUCGCUGGUGAUAGUCAAGAACGAGGCGAACGCGUCAAAGAAGAGGAAGGCCGACACGAAGCCAGCGGCGUCUGGGGUGUUCUCCACGGAAUGCCAGCUCACAAGCAGAUGAUGACUCCUUGGUUCAUCCUCAUUCUUGUCUUGACUAUCCUCCAGAUGAUUCGUAUGAACUACUUCAUCGCUGGUGUCAGAUCGCAGUACCGAUACAUGUUGGGCUCUGACAAGGCUGCUGAACGCAUCAAUGAGUUCUUCGAUGCUGCCCUGCCCAUUGGAGGCGUUGCUGCAACGCCAUUCAUUGGAAUCUUGCUCAAUAACCUGAGUGUACCCACUACCUUUUCUGUUUUGACUGUCUUUAUCAUUGUGAUUGGCGUUCUCAACUGUCUGCCGAAUAUGAUAGCUGGAUACUUCACCGUCGUUGCUUUCGUCUUUUUCCGUCCUCUCUAUUAUUCUGCAGUCUCUGACUACGCCACCAAAGUCUUUGGUUUCGCUACGUUCGGGCGCAUUUACGGAACGAUCACUUGCAUCUCUGGAAUCACGCAGCUUAUUCAGUCGGGACUCGAUGCGCUCACGCAUGGCCCACUGCACGAUGACCCAACGCCUGUCAACGCGACUUUAGGUGCUGUUGGAGCUCUUGUAGGUCUCAUUUUGACCGUCUUCAUAACCGUCAAGGGUAGAGUCUUUGUCGAGAAGAAGGUUGAGAUGGAGGCCGAUGGUGAGAGAGAACGACUCUUGUCGGAUGCUCAGAAUGGUUAUGGAACAGGUCACUGA